UUGUGACCCUGCAAUGAUUCUGGAAAAUCCCACAAUUUCUAACGUCUAUUUAGAUUCAAUUUCAUAUCUCAUAAAAAGGAUCACAUCCUCUGAGCUCUAGCUAACUUGUCCUCAACACAACCGCGGGAACCAACGAACUUUUGAAAUCCCACUCCCUCCAAAUGGCUAAACACACCCGAACAUCUCCUCUCCAAACCCACCUCCACCUCCUCCUCCUUCUCCUCCUCCUCCUCCCCCUCCUCCGCCAUGCCAACUCCCAAUCCCUCCAAGAACAAGAACAAGCAGUCCUUCUGAAACUCAAGUCCUACUUACAGUCUCCACCAUUUCUCAGCCACUGGAUCCCAUCAAACUCAAACUCUUCUUCCUACUACUGCUCCUGGCCCGAAAUUUCCUGCACAAACAACUCCGUCACUGGAUUGUCUCUCGUCAACUUGAACAUAACCCUGCCAGUUCCACCCUUCAUCUGUGAUCUCACAAACCUCACACUCAUCGAUCUCAACUACAACUACCUCCCCGGAGAGUUCCCAAAAUCUCUCUACAAGUGUCCCAAGCUAGAAUACUUAGACCUUUCACAAAACUACUUUGUAGGCCCAAUUCCUGAUGACAUCGACAGCCUGCCUCGGCUUAAGCAGCUUAUCCUUGCCGGAAACAAUUUCUCCGACAUUCCUCCCGCGAUAGGGCAGUUGCAAGAGCUCGAGAAUCUUCAGCUGUGGAUGAACCAGUUCAAUGGCUCUGUCCCACCAGAAAUAGGUAACUUGUCCAAUCUCAAAGACCUAAACAUGUCUUUCAACAUAAAACUUGUGCCUUGGACCUUGCCUUCCAAUUUCACCAAGUUGAAAAAGCUCAAGAAUUUAUGGAUACGCCAAUCGAACUUGAUUGGAGAGCUUCCUGAGACACUUGGGGAGAUGGAAGCAUUGGAAGUAAUUGAUUUGGCAAUAAACAGUUUGAGUGGGAGGAUCCCGAACGGUUUGUUUACGGUGAAGAAUUUGAGUAUCGUCUAUCUCUACAAGAACAUGCUUUCCGGGGAGGUUCCUCAAGUGAUUGAGUCAUGGAACUUGAGCAUUCUUGAUAUCUCUGAGAACACUUUAAUGGGGACAAUACCAGAAGAGUACGGCAAUCUUACCAAAUUAACAGAGUUGGCUUUGUUUCUCAAUGAUUUUUCGGGUGAAAUUCCGAAGAGCAUUGGCCGCCUGCCAAACCUCAAAAAAUUCAGAAUGUUCAACAACAAUUUUUCAGGAACAUUGGCUCCAGAGUUUGGGAAGUACUCGAAGCUCGAAGCUUUUGAAGUUUGCGUCAAUAGGCUAACGGGAAAACUGCCAGACGAUUUGUGCUAUUGGGGUAAGCUAGAAGAAGUUAUAGCUUAUGGGAAUCAUCUGAGUGGAGAAUUGCCAAGCUCUCUUGGAAAUUGCAGCAGUUUGAAGAAUGUCAAGGUUCAAGAUAAUAUGUUGUCUGGAAACAUUCCUAACGGUAUGUGGACGGCACCAAACUUGACUAUUGUGCUGGUGAGCAACAACUCGCUUACUGGCAAGCUUCCUGAGAAGAUGUCAUCAGAUCUUUCACGCUUGGAAAUGCGAGACAACAGAUUUUCGGGCAACAUUCCAACCGGGGUGUCUUCCUGGACAAGUUUGAAGGUUUUUGACGCCGGUAAUAACCUCUUUAGCGGUGCUGUUCCUCGGGAAUUAACCGUGCUUUCUAGCUUAAUGACUCUUUCUCUUGAUCAGAAUCAGCUCACCGGCUCCCUUCCAUCGGAUAUUGUGUCGUGGGAGUCACUCGCUAGUCUUAAUUUCAGUCGAAAUCAGCUGUCUGGAACAAUUCCUGAGAAGCUUGGUCUUCUGCCGGGACUUACUGGAUUAGACCUUUCAGCAAAUCAACUUUCUGGCGAAAUUCCAGAUCAACUCGGGCGUCUGAAGCUCAACCAAUUCAAUCUCUCUUCCAAUCACCUCACCGGGGAGAUCCCUAUCGAAUUUGAAAACUCUGCGUAUGAAGGAAGCUUCUUGGACAAUCGAGGCCUCUGCGCACCAAGCUCAGCGGCAAUAAAGCUCCCCAUAUGCAAUUCUGAAUCCCGAAAGUCCAGUAAACUUUCGUCGAAAUCUCUUGCACUGAUUUUAUCCUUAGGCAUACUGUUGUGCUUGUUGGCUUUUUCCAUCGCGGUCAUCGUGGUCAGAAGUUACUGGAAGAGAAAUGGUGAUUCUAACUGGAAGCUCAACUCAUUUCAGAAGUUGAAUUUCACAGUGCCGAAAAUCCUAUCGGGGUUGACUGAACGUAAUCUGAUUGGAUGUGGUGGAUCAGGAAAAGUUUAUCGCGUUCCUGUGAAUCGCAAUGGUGAUGUUGUUGCUGUGAAGAAGAUUUGGAAGAAUAAGAAUUUAGAAGAGAAGCUUGAGAAAGAGUUUCUUGCAGAAGUCAAGAUCUUAAGCUCAAUUCGACACGCCAACAUAGUGAAGCUGAUGUGCUGCAUUUCCAGUAACACUUCAAAACUUCUCGUCUACGAGUACUUAGAUAAUCGGAGCCUGGAUCGAUGGCUGCACAGGAGAAACGGGCCAUCCAAUCUCUCGGGGCCAGUCCAACAUGUCGCGCUCGACUGGCCUAAGAGGUUGCGGAUUGCAGUGGGGGCAGCUCAGGGCCUCAGCUAUAUGCACCACGACUGCGUGCCGCCGGUGGUGCAUCGUGACGUGAAAUCAAGCAACAUUUUGUUGGACUCUGAUUUCAAUGCAAAAAUAGCAGACUUUGGUCUGGCUAAGAUGUUGGUCAAGCAAGGAGAACUUGCUACAAUGUCAUCUGUUGCUGGCUCAUUUGGCUACAUGGCUCCAGAAUACGCCCACACAACGCGAGUGAAUGAAAAGAUCGAUGUGUAUAGUUUUGGGGUCAUCCUUCUGGAGUUGACAACCGGCAGGGAAGCCAACGACGGCGAUGAACACACUGCCCUCGCUGAAUGGGCGUGGCGCCAUGUUCAAGAAGAAAACGCUAUCGCCGAUGCUUUGGACCAGGACGUCAAAGAACCUUGUUACUUGGACGAAAUGUGCUCGGUUUUCAAACUUGGCCUCAGUUGCACAGAGACACUUCCAGCUAGUAGGCCUUCCAUGAAGGUCGUUCUGCAAAUCUUGCUCCGAUGCAGCCGUCCAGUUAUCAACGGUGAAAAGACCGAGUACUUUGCCGCUCCUCUGCUCAAGAACUCGAAGCGCGAGAGGAUUUUGGAAGACUGGAAUGGUAGUUUGGCAACAAAUGUCUGAUGCCUUCAUUCUUCAAUCCAAAUCAACUCGAAAUUCAUCGGGUACUUUUUCUCCCGAGUUGUUCCUCUCGGUCCAAUCCCACCCAUCGGAUCGCACACUCGAUUUCAAGUACUCUCGGAGCUUCUCCGCCCUCCUGUAUUCCACGAAUCGAACGACUUAGUUUUGGCGGUUGAUCUGGGGACACGACAAAUUUGGGGGAAGAUUUAAGAAUUUUGGGGUUUGAAGCGGGGGAAUGGAGUUGGAAAUGGAAACGGCGAUGACGGCGAAGAGAAAAGAGAGUGGUUGCAGAUUAGGGGGGGGGGGCUGGGGUCGUGGUGUGAGGGGUAGGAGAUGCUAGAAAAGAAAAAAAAAAUUGACACGUGGCGUCCAAGUUCACAUAAGCUCUACAUCAUCAGUUAAUGGAGAUUUAACAGUCAGACUAUUGGAUGUAUGAGAUUGUCCCAAAAUUAACACUUUAGGUAUGACUCUGGGACCAAAAAAACUUGAUGUACUAAAUGUUGAAAACCACGAAACUUGAUAAUAGUAAAUUGACAUUUACCUAAAAUAAUAAUAUAGAAGAGUGAGAUGUUUGAGAAAAGAG